CUGCAGAGUCACAUCCCCGCGCGCCGCGCUGCAGAGCUCCCGCAGUGCGGACAGGGGCGCGUGAGCCGCUGCGCGCCCUGGACGCCGGAGGAAGCCCUUGCCGGCAGGGUCCGCACUCGGCCCCCAGUGCCAGCCGGGGGUGCGGCGGAGCGGAGGGGCGCCGAGCGAGUCCUCGCGUCCGCCCGGCGCGGCGCGUCCAUGGGUGGCCCCUGGAACAGCAGCGACGGCGCGGACGGAGUGCUGCUGCCCUGCGACGAGCACCUCUGCUCGCCCUUCCCCCUGGGGGCCCUGGUGCCGGUGACCGCCGUGUGCCUGGGCCUCUUCGCCGUCGGGGUGAGCGGCAAUGUGGUGACGGUGCUGCUGAUCGGGCGCAACCCGGACAUGCGGACCACCACCAACCUGUACCUGGGCAGCAUGGCUGUGUCUGAUCUGCUCAUCCUGCUCGGGCUCCCGUUCGACCUAUACCGCCUCUGGCGCUCGCGGCCCUGGGUGUUCGGGCAGCUGCUCUGCCGCCUCUCGCUCUACGUGGGCGAGGGCUGCACCUACGCCACGCUGCUGCACAUGACGGCGCUCAGCGUCGAGCGCUACCUCGCCAUCUGCCGCCCGCUCCGCGCCCGCGUCCUCGUCACCCGGCGCCGCGUCCGCGCGCUCAUCGCGGCGCUCUGGGCCGUGGCGCUGCUCUCCGCGGGGCCCUUCUUCUUUCUGGUGGGCGUCGAGCAGGACCCUGGCGUCCGCGUGGUCCGGGACCCUAACGGAAGCGCGCCGCUCACGCCGUCGCCCCUCGGGGCCUCACGGGCCCCACCGCCGUCCCCGCCGUCGGGGCAUGAGGCGGCGGCGGCCGCGGCGCUGUUCAGCCGCGAGUGCCGGCCCAGCCCAUCUCAGCUGGGCGCACUGCGCGUCAUGCUGUGGGUCACCACCGCCUACUUCUUCCUGCCCUUUCUGUGCCUCAGCGUCCUCUACGGGCUCAUCGGGCGGGAGCUGUGGAGGAGUCGGGGGCCGCUGCGAGGCCGGGCCGCCUCCGGGCGCGAGAGGGGCCACCGGCAGACCGUCCGCGUCCUGCUGGUGGUGGUUCUGGCAUUUAUAGUUUGCUGGUUGCCUUUCCACGUCGGCAGAAUCAUUUACAUAAAUACAGAAGAUUCUUGGAUGAUGAACUUCUCUCAGUACUUUAACAUUGUUGCUUUGCAACUUUUCUAUCUGAGUGCCUCCAUCAACCCGAUCCUCUACAACCUCAUUUCAAAGAAGUACAGAGCAGCAGCCCGGAACCUGCUGCUGGCCAGACAGUCUAGACAGUCCAGACAGAGAAGUGUGUGCAGAAGCGGGGACACGGAGGGGGACACAGGAGGAGACACCACUGGCUACACAGAGACAAGCGCCAAUGUGCAGACAUCGUCCACUGGCAUGGCCAAACAAGUCGCUUCCUCUCACAAGGCUGGGACUUCAGGGAAAACAGGUAAUUUAACCACCUUCUGUGGAUGUACCCCUCGAGGAUGUUGAUUUCAGCCUUGGGAAAUGCCACAUCACAAACUGUCUCUGGGGAGGUUUUCUAAGCCUUCGUUCUCCUAAGACUUGGGAAACAUGAUUCCUCUUUUUCUGGUUAAUAAGUCGUACAGAGAGAUGCUGCUGUGAAAAUUUUCACUUCUGAGAUCAGGGGUGUGUUUGUAUUUUCAUGUUCUGGAUAUACAUGUAUGGGUGCAUAUACAAGGAACCCAGGAUAAUUAGAGCUUUUAUUCCAGAAAUUAUUUAAGGCAAAAUUUUUUAGAAGCCAGUGAAAGGAAUUCUGGGUAAAGGCCAGCUUCCAGGGGUCCCACCUCACUCCUGGCUGAGAACAAAUCAUAGAAUGAGGGACAGUACCAUCUUUCAGAACUUCAGUGCAUAAGCGUGUUGCAGCCCAGUUGUCCCUGAGUCUGCCCCCCGGGAUCUCCCAGUGCCACGGCUGCCUGGUGGCGGACACCAGCAUGGAAGCCUGAGGGCAGGGAGCAGCAGCAGGACUCGGCUUCCGUACAAAGUGACUACUCAUGACAUUUAUAAAGAUGGCUAUUAUCCCUUAUUUUCCUCAACUCAGUGGGAUACCUGUUGUUAUCAUUCCUGGUUUACAGGUGAUGGAAUCGAGUCUUAGAUGUCCUAGACAGCGACUGGUGGGCCUGAAGCUGAACACCCGCCAGUCUUUAAGAUUUUCAACCUCCUCCCAUCCAGAGACGUGGUACUCACAGCAUCUGUGCAAAGAUGCAAGAGUCAGUGGAUGAAAGGAGUCAGGGUGAAAGAGAAUGUGUCGGACAUUCCAACCAACAGCUCUGUUACUGUUUUGUGUUUUACAGUUUAUUAUUUUUUUUUAAGAUUUUAUUUAUUUAUUUGACAGAGAUCACAAGC